UUGUCUCCUCUUCAAUCUAUCUUUCUAUCUCACACUGAUCAGCCAUGGGAAAAGAACCACUGCUUCAGAAACUCAGUAUUCAAGACGACAUCGAAUCAACCAAAAACAAACUUGUUAUUGAUGACGUUGUCGACGGUGAUGGUCCAGUCACUUUUAUUUUACUCUUCACAACCUUCACUGCUCUCUGCGGCACCUUCUCUUAUGGCACUGCCGCCGGCUUUACGUCACCAGCUCAAUCUGGGAUGAUGGCAGGACUAAACCUCUCUUUGGCAGAGUUCUCAUUCUUUGGAUCAAUAUUAACAAUUGGUGGACUUGUGGGAGCCGCGAUGUCCGGAAAACUCGCUGAUCUUCUUGGUCGGAGAGGCGCUUUAUGGGUUUCAAACUCGUUUUGCAUUACCGGCUGGCUUAUGAUCGCCUACUCUCAGGCAACUUGGUCCCUUGACAUCGGAAGACUUUUUCUCGGCGUUGCAGCUGGUUUAUCUUGUUACGUGGUACCAGUCUACAUUGUAGAAAUCUCACCCAAACAGAUAAGAGGCGCGUUUACUGCGAUUAAUUCGCUUGUGAUGUCUUCUAGCGUCUCCAUUACAUUACUCGUUGGAUCAGUCACUUCAUGGAAAACAUUAGCUCUCAUAAGUACGGUUCCUUGUGUUUUAGAAUUCGUCGGUUUAUUCUUUAUACCGGAGUCUCCUAGGUGGCUGGCUAGAAAUGGUCGGGUAAAAGAAUCGGUAGCUGCACUCCAACGUCUACGAGGAAACAACACUAAUAUCACCAAAGAGGCAGCAGAAAUCAAAAUAUACAUGGAAAAUCUUCAUGAAGAAUUCAAAGAAGAUUGCUUUCUCGAGCUCUUCAAACCACGAUACUCCCGUGUGAUUAGUGUGGGAAUUGGAUUGUUAGUACUGCAACAAGUCGGAGGCCUAAGUGGCUAUACAUUUUACAUGAGCUCGAUUUUUCACAAAUCGGGGUUUCCUAACAGCUUAGGAGUAUCAAUAACGAGCGCGGUGCAGUUGGUGACAAGCAUUUUCGGAUUAAUAAUCGUGGAUAAAUAUGGGAGACGAUCCCUUCUAACGGUUGCGACGGUCAUGAUGUGCAUGGGGUCAUUAAUCACAGGACUAUCGUUUUUAUUUCAGAGCUAUGCUUUACUCAGCAACUACACUUCGAUUUCAACAUUCAUUGGAGUGUUGGUUUUUUUCGUUUCCAUCACAGUCGGAAUAGGAGGUAUUCCAUGGGUGAUGGUCUCCGAGAUGACACCGAUAAAUGUAAAGGGAUCGGCAGGAACGCUAUGCAAUCUAACGAGCUGGUCCUGCAAUUGGUUUGUUUCUUACACGUUCAACUUUCUCUUCCAAUGGAGUACUUCUGGUGUGUUUUUCAUAUAUUCAAUAAUCUCUGGUUUGGGCAUUCUAUUUGUGUUGAAAAUGGUACCAGAGACUCGAGGUCGUUCACUCGAAGGAAUCCAAGCUGAUAUUACCCGAUAAUUUAAUUUGUACAUAGUAAUAUUUAUUUUUAUUUGGUAUCCAGUUCAUAUAAAUUAAUAAAUGGUUUCACUUAUCACUCAA